GAGCAGUCUGGAUUCAUUUUAUUGAAUUCUGUUUGAACUCAUUUUGAGAUUCAGGGAGGCUCUUCUUAUUCAAGAUCUCUUGGAUAUAAAGCCUACAUGUAUUUCAUUUCCUUGUGUUUGUAUACAUGUAGGUACAGUAUAGUCUAACAUCUGAAACUGAAAUACUCUUCUCUAUAGUGUCACUGUCAGUGAAUUCCCUUUUCCAUGUAGGUUCACUUCCUAUACUGUAGAGUGUUGACAUAUGUGGAAGUACAUCAAGUGAGUUCCUGUCCUCAUCCCACCAUGUACAAUGUCCUGACAGCCUUGUACAUGUAGCAGCUUGCUGAUCACCCCCUGCAGCCCUGCAAGACUGUCACAAUGGUUCGGCUUGGGGCAUCCAAGAAGACCAUCGCUGCUCUCCUCUGCAUCUCAACCAUCUUUGUCAUUUUUAUCCUGAACUCCCAGCUGAACUCCUCGACUCGGCGUCGAACCCGCUAUGAGACCCGGCACACUCUCAGCGUCCCUCUCACCCUCAACCUGUCCAAGAAUGUCACCAUCCUGCGGCUCCCGGAUGCCAACAACCGCAUCCAUCGGUAUAAGCUGGAACGCAUCGAUGAAAAAGAAGAGGAGGAGGAUUAUUGGAGAGAUGAGGAGGAAGAGGAGAAGGAGAUGAUGAAUUUGAGAGAAGGUGAAGCAAAGGAACAAUUUGAGAUAAAAGCAGAUGAAGCAAAGAAGAAUUUGGAAGAUGGAUUGAGAGUUAAGGAAAUGCCAAACCAAACAGUGGACAGAGAACCUCAAGUAAAUAGACCACCCCAAACGAAUUCCAAGGACAUGCAAUUUAAGCACCAGGCAUUAAACAUUAGCAAACAAGGGAAUUACCUGUUGCAGGUAUCGGAUCCAAGAUAUGGUCGCAUGAUCGGCAAGGUUUUGUCUAAACUACCUAAAGAUGUCCGCAAAGACAUGACAAUGAAUAUAAGAAUGGUGGAAUCAAGAACCAGGAUGGACUUUAUGAAACUACCAACUAAUAAGCAGUGGGAGGUUAUUCUCAGAGUAUAUGCAUCCAAGGGCUACAAGCAAAGGUUUCCUGAUGUCAUCAAUAUUGGGGUGAAGAAAAGUGGAACCAAUGCACUAGGUUUCUUCCUCCCUCAGCAUCCACAGAUUGUUCAUUCCAUCGGCAACGAGGUCCAUUACUUUGAUUGGAUGUAUGAAAAAGGCUUGUCCUAUUAUAAAUCGAGAAUGGGCUUUGCAAAACCUAGCAUGCUCAUUUUUGAGAAAACACCACGUUAUUUUGUGACUGCUCUAGCUCCAAAGCGAAUCCUAGCCGAUUUACCUACCAAACCAAAAUUCAUAUUGUGCGUAAGAGACCCUAUAUCCAGACUUAUAUCAGACUUUAGGCAUGAAUCUGAAUUGAAAUUAAGGAGAGAGUUUAAGAGUAAUAGGUUAAAGUAUGCCUCGAGGACGGGCCAGUUUGAAGGUGAGCGGUUGAAACAAGAGAUCCUUGACAAGUUUGGUCACGUCAAUGGAUCCAACGAGCUGGUGGACACCAGUGUGUUUGUCAAACAUUACAAGAACUGGCUGCAGUAUUUUCCUCCAGAGAGGAUCCUCGUCAUUGAUCAGGUGAAGAUGGAGAAAGACGUCUAUGCCGAGAUGAAACGACUUGAAGAGUUCCUUGAGUUGGAACCUUUCUUCAAUCCAUCCAUGUUUUACUUUGACCCAGCCAAGAACGGGAUCUGCAUGCGGGAAGGGCAUCUCCCCAAUAGGAACUGCCCUGCAAAGAGUACCCCCAGUGUUCUUCCCAAAGCCAUCAUCGAUCCCGAAACGUUGGCCAAAUUAAAAGAGUUCUACCGUCCAUUUAACCAAGAGUUCUCACAAUUAACGGGAAUGUCCUUUUCUUGGGCAAACUAGAUUGGAUGGUGUCCAUAAAAACUAAAACCUUUUGAGUACAUUGCCCAAGACAACUGGACAUGUCCUUUUUUUAUCAAUUUUUUUGCCUAAAUCCACCCAAGUUGUACUGAAUCAGUUCAGGUUGGCACACUGGCUAGUGAUCUGUAUAUAUAGGAAUGCCAGACUGUCUCCUUAGAGCCAAUGAUUCUAGAUGAUAGUUGAUCUCAUAUUGAGUAUCACAAGUUGUUGAUCUCAUAUUGAGCAUCACAAGUUUCAUAUAGAAACUGUGGAUUAUCUAAUUUGAAAAAUUAUUCAAGAAGUGUAUAUUUUAUUGGAAAUAAAGAAAACACUCCACCAUAUAUAUAGACUUUAUAUUAUAGAUGUAGGUGUGUCUAUGAAUUGGACUAAAAUUGGUGUAUAAUAAAAUGGAAAAUAAUGUGUUCCGUACAUGUAUCUCUGCAUGCCUUCAAAAUCAACAAUUCAAGAUUUUCUCAAACUAUCUCUCUUUAGAAGUCAAUAAUGUAGUACUUUUUAAACUAAAUGAUUGACCUAUGUACAUAUAGUUAUCUGAAAAUGCAUUUGUUUUGAAUAUUUGUGAGAGGAGUAUGGAAAGCCAAAUAUUGGACGAGCACUUUAAACAUGGUGUGAAUAUAUUUUAGAUGAUUCUGGGUGUGACUGUUUUUCUUGUCAAUUCUCUUAGAUGUGUAAAUUCAGUACUAUGCCAUUUUAUCUAGGUGUAGAUUUAGCUUAAUGAUAUCCUAUCAAACGUUUUCGUAGUAUUUUUCAUUUUCUUGAAAUCCAUAUUUUAAACCAUUGUUGUGACAUCUGAAUGCUCUCUUGUUUCAUAUCCACACAAACUUUUUUAUGUAGACAAGCAUAUACAACCUUAAAAUCAUUAUUAGCUGUGAGUUUUUGUUUUGGGUGUUUUAAGAAUCUGCAAAGUACUUGUUUUGUUUUCACAACUGCAGCAGACUGGCCCAGACAUUAUUCCCAUAGAUAAUCACAUUGAUUCAUGGGGCAGAGUGACAAUCACCUGUCAUGAAUGUCUUUACAAUAUUCCUUUUUAGAGGACGUUCACCCUGACGAUAAGUUGAUUUUAUUUAAAGCGGAAAAAUUAGAGAUGAAUAUUAGUGAAGGUUUGAUGAAAAUCAAAUUUUCAA